AUGCGCAAUUGGCUGAACGUAUGGGAAAAUCCUUUCCUUAGCACUCGACCUUCAUCAGAUCAUGAAGAUGUCACGAGCUCAGAGGUUCUGAGCGUUGAGAAAGUAGAUCUCUGCCUGGACGACAACCAUGAUAAUCACCACACUAGUCACUUCUACUCGGCAACUGAAAAGGAAGCCCUGAUCGUGAGAAGAGGAGAGCCUUUCAAGCUAAGGAUCAAUUUCAACCGAGACUACAGACCUAGCAAGGAUAAGCUCAAUCUUAUCAUCAGCGUGGCGGAUGACGCCAAUUCGAGUCCUGGAAAAGGAACCCACAAUGCCCUGUUGCUCCAUGAGACCAUUGAUAAUUUGGGGGAACCGACGGAAUGGGGUGCGGGGAUUGUAUCGCAUGAAGGUCAAAUGGUUACUUUUCUGAUCAAAUCGCCAUCAAAUUGUCCUGUAGCGGUGUGGAAACUGGAGAUCGACACUAAGCUGCUGGGCGGUGGUUCGAAGAGCUAUCCCCUUCCUCUGCCCAUCUAUGUCCUUUUUAAUCCCUGGUGUGCAGAUGAUCAGGUCUAUCUCGAGGACCGUGACCAAAGGAAGGAGUACGUCAUGAACGAUACCACUCUUAUCUGGAGAGGAUCCUACAACAACCUGCACCAAUCGGCUUGGAAAAUCGGACAGUUUGAACGAUACGUGCUGGAGUGCAGCUUGAGUGUCCUUGGAAGUGUGGCUAAGAUCCCACCCGCCUUCAGAGGUGAUCCUGUGAAAGUUGCCCGUGCCUUGUCCGCCCUGGUGAACGUUAUCGAUGAUCAUGGCAUCCUGGUGGGAAAUUGGACAAACGAUUUCUCGGGUGGUGUUGCACCGUUUAACUGGACCGGUUCAACGGAGAUCCUUCAGGAAUUCUACAAAACCAAAAAACCGGUAAAGUACGCUCAAUGCUGGGUCUACGGCGGUGUCCUGGCUACCAUUGCCAGGUGUCUGGGAAUACCGGCUAGGAUAAUCACCUGCUUCUCAUCUGCUCAUGAUACCCAAGCCUCUUUGACCCUGGAUUAUUUCCUUGAUGAGAAUAACAAGAAUGUGGGUAAUGAGAGAUGUUGGAACUUUCAUGUAUGGAACGAAUUGUGGAUGCAGCGACCGGACUUGGGAGAUGGAAAACAUGGUAAAUUCGAUGGCUGGCAGGUGGUAGAUGGUACUCCGCAGGAGACUUCCGAUAAAAUUUAUCAACUGGGUCCCGCACCCAUUUCAUCCGUGAAAAAUGGUGAGAUCCAAACACCCUUCGAUGUUGGAUUUGUUUUCGCGGAGGUAAAUGCUGAUAUUGUUUAUUGGCGCUACAUGGGCCCCAACCAUCCGAUCAAGCUUAUUAACAGGAAUAUCGAUGGUAUAGGUAAAAAUAUCAGCACUAAGGCUGUCCUAAAAUGGGAAAGGGAAGACGUCACCAAUAGCUACAAAUAUGCAGAGCGUUCCAAGGAAGAGAGAAGCACUAUGCUCGAGGCCCUAAAACAUUCCAGUAAUGAAUUUACCAGAUACUAUCUAAAUGAAGAUUUUAAUGAUGUAGAGUUUGAAUUGGAUCUAAACCACGACAUCACUAUCGGGAAGGACUUCGGUGUCCUCUUGAAGCUGACCAAUAAGAGCGAAAGUCGAACUCAUGUGGCUACUGGAACUAUCCGUUGCGAUGCCGUUCUGUACACCGGAAGGGGUGCAGAGGAGGUCAAGGAAUUGUGCUUCGAUUUAAAACUGCAACCCGGAGGCAGUGACCACGUUCGCAUGGAGGUCAGCUUUAAGGAGUAUUUCGAAAAGAUGUCCUCCCACGCAUCCUUUCACAUUACAGCAGCCGCCAAGGUUAAGGACACCGAUUUCGAUUACUUCAAGCAGGACAAUUUCCGGGUUCGCAAACCGGCCAUUAAACUUAUUUUUGGAGAGGAUGACAUCGAGGUCAAAAAGGAGAUGAAAGUGACCAUGAUCCUAGAGAACCCGCUCCCAAUUUCAUUGCAGGACGGUGUGUUCAUCGUGGAUGGACCGGGCUUCAAGCAGCCUCUGAAAUUCAAGAUCGGAGAAACAGCUGUGGGUGAAAAAGCGGUAGCGACAUUCAAACACACUCCCCCCUAUGCUGGGCGUGGCACAAUGGUGGUCAAGUUCCACUCCGUGGAGCUAGAUGAUGUCGAUGGCUACAUAAACUAUGAUAUUGCACCUCGGUCGUAG